AACUUUCUUUGAAAUAUUUUGAACAUUAUUAUUAAUGUUUGAAGGAUUUAACUGUAACUGCUGCAAUAAUUGAAACAAAAAAUGGAUAGUAUGUCAGAUGGUAGUUCUUCUGAACUAAAAACUAUUGAUUUUGAAAAUGUACCAGUUGAUACCAUAUCAGAAAAGUACUUACAUAUUCAAAAUAAUGGCGAUAAAACAUUAACCUAUCGGAUUUCCCUGUUGUACAUACUAGAUAAUAUUGACAGAGUAUUUAAAGCAUCUAUAACGUCUACUCCUGUAAAUCCUAAUGAAAAUGCUGAAGUCAAAAUAGUAUUUAAAGCUACCAAUCCUGGACAGUCUUACACUGAAUAUUACUUAAUUGACGACACAGCUGGUAAUACGUACAGAUUGACUGUAUGUGGACAAUGCUUUGGUCCAAAAAUACGAAUAGAUAAGAGGAAAAUAUAUUUUAGAGUGUGUAAAACUGAAAAAGAGGAGAGGAAAGAAGUUAUCAACAUCAUAAAUAAUACAAAUUUAGAAACUACAUACCAGUGGUACUUGCCGACAUACGGUCAAGGAAAUUUUCAAAUUUCGACUGGUCAUUGCGGACUUGUGAGACCGUUUGAAACAAUUCCUAUCACUAUGAUAUUCAAUGGAACUGCUCUAGGGAUUUAUAAUGCAGAGUUAGUCUGUCUCGUACUGAAUCAGGAACCAAUAUUUGUAAGAGUUCUGGCAUCUGUUGUUUUACCAGGUAACCCACUAUUCAAUUUGGACGAUCAUGAUUUUGAGAAAAACUGGAAGAGACUUAGCCGUUCGGCUCAUUUCAUGGAAAACAGUCUGAGAAGAUUGCCCCACAUACCGGCGGCGUCAGUAUUCGAAAGAUUCUUUGAUUUCAGCACAGGAAGCGUGAAAGACAUUACAAAGAAUAUUUCUCAAACGCUUUGCGUAACCAAUCAUGGGCAAGAAGAUGGUUUCAUACAAUGGAUGGCAGAUCCUGACAAUAUUUUCUUGAUUGAUCCCGUAGCUUGUGAAAUACCGCCGAAUGAGUCAAGAUUAUUUACUAUUCGAUUCAGACCGAACAUGGACGAUGAAGUAUAUAGCUUCCUGUUAUGUGGGGAUUAUCAAGUCAAGAAAUACACUAGCGAGAAUUGCGAUGAGUUAAAACUAAAACAUACGUGGUUCCGAAUACCUUGUAUAGGAAAUACUUGGAGCCCUUGCACUGAUUGGAUCACGGAAUGGGAAUGUCCAGUUGAAGUAGUUUUACCACCAACAGUUCCGGGCAGAACUACGUUUACAAACUUUAUGCUGGUCAAUAAACAAGAGGCUCCUAUGCAAUUUAGAUUUAAAGAACCAAAUUUCUCGAACUUCGCAUUGCUGCCGAUGUGUGGAGUUGUACAAGGCAGAGGAUGGCAAAUUGUUACGGUGGCCCUCGAGCCGAAUUCGUGUGGGAAUUAUAUUGAAGCAUGGGAUUUAAUUGUUAAUAGAACUCAGAAGGCACGUCUCAGUUUACGCGGGAAUGCUGAAUACAGUGAGGUCGAAUUGAUGUCGCACGGUUAUAAUCCCUCGACUCACGCUAUGUACGAAUUUCCAUCAACAAUAACCGGGUGCACAAAUUACUGCACUGCGUAUCUUCAUAACCUCACCAGAAUGGAUAUUCACAUACGAGUUUUGAACUCAGUGCCAUGGCUUGGUGGUGAUAAUUUCGGUUCAAUUCUUUUACCACCCAAAGAAGUUGUCCGGUAUCACUGGUGGUUUUUCCCUAAGGAACCUAAUAAAGUUUAUCAGACGACUGUGACGUGUUCCUGUAUAUGCUUAAUUAAUGGAAAACCAGUUGGAGAGCCUAAAGAUGUAUUCAUUCAUAUAAUGGGCUUCUCUGAGCUUCCAGAUUUAAAGGUCCUACCGAAAUCAACAAAUCUUCAUGACAUUGUAGUAGGAGAAAGCGUUAAUUUUUCAGUGACUUUAUACAACUAUGGCUCCUGUUACUUCUCUUCUAAAUUGUAUCACAUAAUCGAAGGUAUGGGAGACGAUUAUAGUGGUGACAGAUUCGAAAUUGAAUGUAAUGUGAACAGCCUCAAGCCAUCAAAUCAUUGCCAAGUCCAAAUGUCGGUUAUGCCAAGCGGGGCGGGUUCACGACAAAUCGAUAUUAAAUAUACGGUUUUGUUUCGCACCGAAAACGAUGAAAUUGAAGAAAUACAGCCGAUAACAAAAACUAUUUGCACUGUAUGGUAUGAUGGAAUAUAUCCAAGCAUUAAGAUUAAACGUACUAUCUCUGUCAAUUGUCCAGUGAUUCUGAGCAAUCAUUGCCUUUGGAAUUUAGUUAAUGUGGACGAGCUUAACAGGGCUCUCAUCGAUUGCCGUCCCAACAAACCAAUUUCCGUAAAUAUUUACGCCCCUGAUCUUUGCAUCCGCACCGGUUCCGUCGUCUUUAUAUUCGUGAUGGGCUGCAUAUAUUCCGUACCUGUGGCUUGGAGUCUCAAGAGGGAAAAGAUAUGUGAUUGCGAAAUGACUGAGGUGCAAGUCGGCAUUUCUUUGUACGAAAUGAAGCAUACCUGCUCUCAUAGAUUUUUGGUAGAAUUAACACCACUGAACGGGAUGGUAGCGCCUGAUAAUCCCGAAUUGUUAACGCUAAAGUUCAACUAUGCUUAUGAAGGCUUGAACACAUUAUCUUACAUAAUGACUUUACCGAACCAAAGGACGAUACGUAUUUACCUUAACAUCUUUGCGACUUUAAACACGAAAGGUGUUUUGACAGCGCUCCGACGAUGCAUAUACCAGCCAGGAUACUUGGCAGUUCUAGACUGCGGAAAAGUUCCGAUCAACAAUUUGGAUCCAGUUAUAAGGAUUGUGUGGUUGUACAAUCCGACGGAUGUAUUUACGACGUGGCGUCUGCUGCGCGGGAACACAACCUCUCCGGAUUCUAUAAUCCGCUGUUUGCUUUAUUUCGCCGAAGUGCCUCCAUUGGGGAAACUGGCUAUACCAUUCGCGUUUAUGCCUACUGAGAUGAUAGAUUACGAGAUGAUAUUUCAGUGUUCGUUUGGGUAUGACACUGUUAAACUUUUAGUAAAAGGGCAAGGUGGUCUUCCGAAUUGCAUUGAAACGAGACUCGAUGUCCCGAGGUACGUGGAAAAAAACAUCAGGGCGGCUCACAGAAAUGGUCUUGUAUAUUUAUCGAUGGAACACUUGAGUUUACCUGUAAUGCCGACUCAUUCGUUGUCGCGAGAAAUUAUAGCUAUAAAUAAUGACACCGAACACGUAAUUCGAUUUAUAUGGUUGCCUGAAAGAAUAGCAAACAUAAUAAACGUGGUUAUGACUCCGUGUUGGGGUGUUGUACAGCCUAAAACGACGGAAUGGAUUACAAUGACUGUUUAUUCUUUACAAGAACCGGCCACUUUCACUACGACGGUCGCGUGUGAGAUUUUAGAUUUGACAGAACGCAAGCGCUACCAACGGAACGAAUUACUCAGGAGGAAUAAAAUGGAGAAAUGCAAACAGGAAUUUAUGAUUACGGAGAAAGGCUUUUUUCGUCCCGGCAUAAACGAUUCUCCUCCCUAUGUACUGGACCUCGAAAAACCGAAGCCAUUUUAUUUGGCUAUGUCAAUUUCUAUAUCAUCAAAAGGUCAACGUGAUGGAUACCCGAGAAUGCUGCUAAGGCAAAUGUGGGAACAGACUCCACCCUAUGAUUUGAUGUCAUCAGAUAUCAAUGAUUAUGGAGGAAACUACGAAAGAGCUUCGCACAGCAAUAACAUGACUAUUGGAGAUGUCAUUAGGAUCAUAGAUGGCAUUCUGUGGGACGCCUUGCACAGCAAAAUGUUCAAGAACCAAAUAGAAUUUUAUGCCAAAGAAGAAAUACCCACUUAUUCACAGCUUGUCGAAGUUAUUGAAAAUGAAACCAAGCCACAACUAAGCAGACGGGUUACUUCUGGUAUUUGCGACGCGAUAGUCAACAAGGCCGUCUUCCACAUCUACGGCCUUAACCCAAAACACGAGACUUCGAUUUUAGAUGCAGAAUAAAUUGCGUCAUAAAUACGUUUUUUUUUUUUGUUUUGUAUAAAUAAAACAAACGAAAUAGUGAAAA